CUUGCGAAGACAGAAAGGAAAAGCAGUGCAUUUUCUCUUGUUCUACUCUUGAAAAUUCACUUUGUUUGACUCUUCAAUUACUUAUCAAAACUGAACACUGAAUUUCAUGAAAAUCUCUUACUUCGUCAAAUUCUUUGAUCAAAUUCUGUUGUGAUAAUGGCAACAAAAUCUUCUCCGCGAAUUCCUCAAAAAACAUUAACCAUCGAAGAAGAACAAACAAGAAUACAAGAUACCUUAUCAUUUCCGAUUCUAUUAUCGGAACGAAUCCGACGAGCCGUCGAUGAAACUAGAUUGUUCAAGUCCGACUGUGCCGAGGUUGGCAAUAAAGUUGUUGUCAUAAGCCAGAUGCUCCGCUCUGCCGUCCGGUUAGCCACCUCCGGCGGUGGUGCCGCCGCCUUCUACGACCGCCCCUUCCACCACAUAGCUGCUGAUGUCACCAAGAAUAUGGAAAAGGCGCUGAUCCUUGUCAAGAAGUGCAGGCGGCGCAACUUCCUCUGCCGGGUUUUCACCAUUGUCUCCGCCGCGGAUUUUCGCAAGAUUUUCGCCCUUCUUGACUCCUCUGUCGCUGACAUGAAAUGGGUUCUUAGUAUCUGCGGUGGCGGUGUUGUUCUCACUUUACCUCCCAUUGCUAGUAAUGAUCCCAUGCUUUCUUGGGUUUGGUCUUUUAUUGCUUCAUUACACUUUGGUCAAUUACAAGAUAAAAUUGAUUGUGCUAAUGAAUUGGCUUCUUUAGCAAAAGAUAAUGAUAGAAACAAACAAAUUAUCGUCGAAGAAAGCGGGAUUUCACCAUUGUUGAAGCUUUUAAAGGAUAAUUCCUCGCCGGAAGCUCAAAUCGCGGCCGCCACUGCCCUUUACAAUUUAGCGAAUUCCGAGGAAAGGGUCGGACGAAUAAUCGAUGAUUUGGGGAUUCCAAUCAUUGUACAAGGUUUAGCGGAUUCUCCAAAGAGGGUUCAAAUAAAGGUAGCAAAUUUGGUGGCUACAAUGGCAAAGUAUUCUCCACUUGCUCAAGAUGAUUUUGCAAGGGAAAAUGUGAUUAGGCCACUUGUGACAUUGUUGUCGUUAGAUAUAUUCCCGGACGAUCCAAUGAUCAGAAUCGGAAAGCAGACUUUCCAUUCAAUCGUGCAAAUCAACAAGGAGAUGGAGAAAAAUACGAAUAGGGUGGGGUCCUCGGUGGUGAGUAGUAAGGUCUGGAAUAAUAGGAGGGAGAGGGAGAAUGAGAAGCCGGAAGUUAAGCUCGAGUUGAAAAUAAGUUGUGCUGAGGCAUUAUGGAUGCUUGCUCAAGGGAGUGUACCUAACAGUAGGAGAAUCUCGGAGACGAAAGGGUUGCUCUGUUUGGCUAAGCUUGUUGAAACCGAGCACGGGGAAUUGCAGCGUAAUUGUUUGAUGACAAUAAUGGAGAUAACGGCUGCAGCUGAAUCUAAUGUCGACCUCAGAAGGGUAGCUUUCAAGAUGAGUUCUGCUGCUGCUAAAGCAGUUGUCGAUCAGCUCCUAAGGUUGAUUCAAGAGUCUGAUAACUCGUGGUUGCGAAUUCCAGCUAUCAGGGCGAUAGGUUCAUUAGCUCGAACGUUUCCAGCACGAGAAUCAAGGGUCCUUAGGCCGUUAGUUGAGCAACUUAGUCACGGGAAUCAGGACGUGGCUGCAGAAGCUGCUUGUUCACUUGGGAAGUUUGCUUGUCCUGAUAAUUAUCUGUGCGUGGAGCACUGCAAGUCGAUUAUCGAGUUCAAAGGUGUUCCCCCUCUAUUAAGACUAUUAAAGGGCCACGAACGGGCACAGUUGCACGGAUUGAUUCUUCUCUGUUACCUUGGAUUGCACGUUGGAAAGAGCGAGGCUUUGGAACAAUCACGGGUUUUGAACGUUCUUGAGGGGGCGGAUCGUGCAUUAAUUGCUCAACAUCCUGAAUUGAAAGAGUUGAUUUCCAAGGCAAUGUACCAUCUAAAUGUGUUUCACUCAGGUGUGCUUACUCAGAGGCAGUCUUACACCCCUUAAAUACGGCUUGGACAUUGCUUUAACGGAUUUUAACGACGAUUCAAGCAUCGGGAUUUAUUAGAUACCAAUGAUGUAUCAGACAACAGCAGGUACUCGUUCUACAUCAACAGGUACUCGUUAAGAGGGGGGUACCGAUGAACAGAAUACCGAUUGAUUUUUGGUGGCAUCCUUACGAAUUUUCCAUUUCUCAGCACUUGGACAGUUUGAUCUAUUCUUGUGUAGGCAUUGUUCAACUGUGAUUGUGCACAUGUACAUCCAUUUGAGUGCAGAUUUGAUACUUCUUUUUGUUGUUUGGCUUGCUAUUUAUGCGGGUUUGCACUUUUAA